ACACAGCAGCUUUGAGAGAGAGAGAGAGAAAUAGAGCCGUAACGAAAGUUUGGUGAAGACAGUAAAGAUAGCGAUACUUGCUGCGAUGGCUCUGGGCGUAUUCAGCUUUAUAUCGAAUAUCUGGUAUAAGAUUGUGCGAUUCUGUUAUACAUUUGUGGGUGCUAUUGGGAACUCCUGGAAGGAUGAAGGGGAAAAACAGCAAGAGGAAGAAAAGAUUAAGCAAGUUACACACCGGAGAGUAGAGAAAAAUGAAGACACAGUAGACACUGGGAUUGAAGACAACUUUAGGAAAGCAUUGGAGAGAGUUUCAGAGGCUAUCUACACUUUGUGCAUCUCUCCAUGGCAUAACCCCCCAGAGGAGAUGAAGGAUCAGCUGCUUUUCAAGGAACUAAACAAUGCUAUACAAAAUAUAUAUGUAAAAGCACAAAAGAAAACACAUCAUAUUGAAGGCUAUGCAAUCAUAAUAGCCACAGUAAAUAUUCUGACUGAUCAUUUAAAGAGCUUCAGAAAGAAAAGAAGAAAUUACAGAGAGAUGAUGCGCAAGGAAGAGCUUGAUAUCAUAAGACAUCAUACAAAAGCUCUGCUGUGUUGUUUUCUACCAGACUCGUUCUCAGAGUCCAAGCAUAUCACAGUUUUCUUAAAUGAAAUUGUAGCUGUAAAUGUCUUAGAGCCAGCCAUAAGUACAAUGGCAGAUCCCAAUUUUAUUAAUCAGCAGAUCAUCACCUUUUUGGAAGCUGAUGUAAAUUGGACACAUAACCAAAAAAACGAAACAUCUGACAUCCCAGACUGUCAGCAACUGCAAUAUAUUCCACAAAAGGGAAUCAAAAAAACAAAGCUCAAUAAGGUGAAAGGUGUUCUUAAAAGACUUUUUAAAAAGCCACAUUCAUUUGGGAAUGACACGUGUGGUAUGUAUAGAGCAUGGAAUAUUGCUGAAGAUUCCGGAACAUCAGAGAUAGGCAUCGAUACAAUUGAUUAUCCAGUUGGUAUAGAGAAGUCUGAUAACUUGUGCAGUAAGUGGAAAGAGGAAAACUGGAUUGCAAGAGUGUCCAUGGUGAAUAUUAGUAUAUAUUGCAUCUCUGUAUUAAAACGUGAUGAUAUGCAAACAGAAGUCUGGAACGUAAAGAGAAGCAUUGAAGACUUUAUUCGAGUUCAUUCUAUUUUGAGCAUGAACCAUCCAAAUGAAGUACCAGCAUCAUUCAUUUCCGCCGAGUCUUGGAAAUCAAACAAGCAGUUUAUUUCAGACUUUGUUGAUAAACUGGUGGAAUUAACUAAAGAAUAUAAUGAUAGUGAGGCAGCUUUCUUCUUGUCACCCUUUAAUUAUACAGAAGAAGAAGAAAAACAAUUAUUUCAUGACAUUUUUAUUGAUCAGGUAGCCACAGAAGAAGAACUACAAGACAGUCCCCUUGACAGCUCAUCAACAGAAAGCUUGGAUUGUGAUUCUUCUGAGACUGAUUGCUGCCAUUUUAAAAUACUGAGCCUGCGUAAGAGGAAAAAAGAUAAAAAAUCAUCUUGCAAGGACAGUGAUGAAAACAAUGAGGUUUCUGAAUGCAACAGUGAAGACAUGCUAGCAUACAUUAAAGAAGCAUCAAAAAGUACUGGACCAGUAAACAGGCAAAGCUACAGCUUAAGCCAACCAGGUCAACAAGAUAAUGCAGUGAGACUGGCCAGAUAUAGCCAUAUAAAACAAGUGACAGCAGGCAAUCUUGCAGCUGAAAGAAAGAAAAGUUUACAGAAAGAACUCAUUAACUCACUUUGUCGUUUGGCAGAUGAAAUGCUAGCAGGUGGACAUAACAUUUUUACAUUCCUAAAUUCAUGUGGGGCUUUGAAAACCCUUGAAGAAACAGUCUGCCAGUGUGAAAUCUGGUUACUUGCAGAGGAGCAGAUAGUGGGGUACUUAGAUAAACUCAGUGAUAUGAUGAAGAGUUCUGAAGAUGCGCCACAACUACAGAAACAACCAGCAGAUAUCCUUCAUAACCAAGCUUUGGAACAAAUUAUGAAAGCGCUGAUGAGUUUCACAUCUGACAAGCGCAUUUAUAGGUUUUUGGUGCAACGUUGUGAAAAAUACAUCCAGAUGUCUCUAGAUGCAUUUCAAGAUCCCAUUGCAAAUAAAUAUGCUCUUUUUAGGCUGCUGAAAGAGCUUACAGGAUAUAUUACAGGGGGACUACAAGAACCUGCAGAAAUUCACAAACAGAAAUCCGCCUAAAUUCCCACUCAACCGCCACUUUUCCGUUAUUGGUGAAAGAAAGACAGUUUACAGACACUUUUGUUGUCGCUUAAACGACAUUUAUACGACAUUUUAAUGACAUUUUUCCCGACAUUAUUUCCCGACAUUUUCAAAAUGGAGUAAAGCUCAGUGUAACUCUGUUA